GGUAUGGCAGAGGGGACUUAGGGGUCAAAAAGUCUUGAGAGGGCUGGCUAACUGGGUUCGAUCUUUAGCACAGCAUGAAAACUAAACAAAUAAAGGCAUGCUGUCCAUCUACAACUAUUAACAAAAAAAAAAAGUCUUGAGAAAGGUCCAGGCCACUGAAGAUAUCUCAGGAUCACCAAGGUCCCAGUUCUGGAGGUUGGGGAGACAAACCCUUCACCCUGUUGGACUGCUCAGGGAGGUGUGAGAUUGGGCCAGAGGUGGGCACUGUGCUCCUGAGACCCAAAGCCCUGUCCAGCAGUUGCUCAGUCUUGGGGAUAGCAUGCCUUACCUCUGACUCUCAGUGGAAGCCUGAGGCCACACAGGGCUUGCAAUUGUCUACAAAUGUCACACUACAUGUGGAAUAUCUCCAGUUUUCCUUAAGACUUCCUGGUCAUCCUUGCUGUGUUCAAAUAUUGGUGUUUCAUUGUCCAAGCAUGGCCGGGGGUAGCUCUCCUCUUCAACUUUUGAUUCCUGACUUAAUUUUUAAAAAUCCAAUUUCAAAGUCCAGAACUAAGGGAAGCAGUAACCUAGGCAGGCUGAGGGCCAGCCUGACUCCUCCUUGGGAUCCAGGGUUCAGGUGUUUGAUGGGACCCCUGGGCAGGAGUAGGCUGACACUACCCCCACCUCAGUUAAGGGAAGGAAAAUCUUUCUGCCAUCUUGGAUGAGGUGAAGUGGGGUGGGUGGUCAGGUCCUCACCUUACUCUCAUACUAUGUCCCAGCCCUGCCAUGACUUGCUCCAUGAAGGACACACACCAGACUCCCUUGACUGUACCCAAAGCUGGUGUGGAGACUUUCCCAAGCAGCUCCCCAAGGAGGACAGACUUUAAGAGGAGUCUUAUUGAUUUUCAUUUCAUCCUUCACAAAUUCUAUAUAUGUCUUAAGGUGUAGGAAUGUAUUUGUGCAGUAGUAUGUAAUUUAUAAGUUUAAAAUUUAUAUCUAAAUUAUAUAAGGUAGUUAUAUAAGAUAGAAUUUAUAAUCUGUGUCUUAAAUUCUGCCUUCUUCUGAGGAGGGUGUAUAAUCAGAAAAGUUCGGAGAAGGUUAUCUGGAGGGUGGGGCUGAGCCAGCCCUUUCCUCUCUGCUUUGCCUGGUCUUUCUAGCGUCAUUUAAAUAUUCUUCUCUUCUCCUGGUGCCUCCUCUGUGCUCCACUUCAUCUCCUAGAAGAUGCUGCUACUUUCUUGUUAGCAGUCUGGGCAGAGACUUCUGAGGUCCUUCCUGAGCACCUGUGACUUCAGAUCCUCCAACUUCAGAUCCUCCGGCUCCUCUCUAAAGCUUUCCUGGUAUCCGCAACUCCCAGAGUGCUCUGUAGCCAUAUUUCAUCGUGCCUAAGUCACUGUGUUGCAGCCAGCUGCUUAACUGGACAGCACAUCUGUCUAGACCAUCAGCCCCUGAGGGUGAGGCCCAGCAGGAGCCUCAGGACAGAGGGCAGCGGUUUGUGAGAACUGGCCAGGGCCACUGUGGUCCCUUGCCUGUGGCCUUCUUCUGCAGCCUCCGUCUGGGGGGAUGGGGCAGCUGAACCAUGUGCACCACUCUCCUCCUGCUCAGCACCUUGGCUAUGCUCUGGCGCCGCCGAUUUGCCAACCGGGUCCAACCAGACUCCAGCAGAGUGGAUGGGACUGUUAUGGGAAGCAGCAGGGACACAGACCUCCAGUCCUCGGGCAGGUGAAGCAGAAGGGAGUCAAGGGGAGAAGGAGCAUCUGAAUUAAUCCCUCCCCUCAUCAGUUGGGGCUCUGCUCCAGGAAGUGGGAUCACCUGGCACAGGCAGCUCAAGUCCUGGUUGGGCCCCUAGCCAUGAAGGAUGCUGCGGGGUCAGAAGCAGCAGCAAGGGAGAGAUGGCAGAAGCAGUGAUGGAGAAGGCCUUUGACUCUUACUUUGAAGAAGCCUCAUGGAUGCAAGAUGUCUGCAGAAAUACUCAGCAUCACAUCUUUACUAUGUCCCAAAGCCAGAAGAGAAGCUACUGUUUUUAAAAGCAAUACUUUCCCAACUUGACCAGAAUUGCACUGCAAUUGAUGGAGGAAGAACAGCUUCCAGACGGCUCCUGAUAGUGCCCGUGUCCAGGUGUACUUCCUAUGAAAUUGCCAGUGCAACUGCUCCAAGUGUAAGCAGCCAUCUGUUUGGGAUUCCACCUAUCCUCCUUGAUGUUCUUAUUCAUAAAAUUAAAGAUUCCUUUCCUGAUUAAGAAGUCAA